AUGGGUGAAUCCAGACAAGAGUUGCUGGCCUGGUUGAACAACCUGCUGCAGCUAAAUGUGACCAAAGUCGAGCAAUGCGGCACCGGGGCGGCAUAUUGCCAGAUUUAUGACUCGGUAUUCAAGCUAACCAAUGGGCUAGUGGAUGUGCCAAUGUCCAGAGUCAAGUUCAACGUCAACACUGAAUACGCCUAUAUCCAGAAUUUCAAGAUCUUGCAGAACGUGUUCAACAAACAUCAGAUAGACCGCCCAGUUCCUGUUGAAGCGCUCAUCAAAUGCCGUAUGCAGGAUAACCUCGACUUUCUCCAGUUCACCAAGAGAUUCUGGGACCAGAACUACCCGGGCGGCGAUUACGACGCUGUGAGUCGACGAAAAGGCGCCGGCCCACCUCCGGCCUCCUCCACUUCAUCCCGACCUGGAGCGACAUCCGCUACUGGUGCUCGUCGAGGCGCAACCCCCACUACCGCUGGCACUCGCUCAAGAGUUGGCGGUGCUUCAGCGAACACGGCCGCAUUGACGCAAGAAAUCAACGCGCAGAAAGAAGCGAUCGCCGGCUUGGAGAAGGAGCGAGAUUUCUACUUUGCCAAACUCCGUGAUAUUGAGCUUUUGCUGCAGCAAGCCGUCGAAGCGGACCCUGAAUUGGAAAAGGAGGAGGAUUCUCUGGUGAAGCACAUUCAGGCCAUUCUGUAUUCGACAGAGGACGGGUUUGAGAUCCCAGCAGAAGCCGAGGCAGCUGGGGAUGAGUUGGAGACUUUUUGA